CGUGGUGUGUACAUAAAAUAGCAAAUUAAUACGUCGGCUUGCUGCAAAGAUAAUGUUACAAUGUCAAUUUAUGCAAAUAGCUAUGUUUAAACACUUAAAGACUUAAGAUUUUAUUUGAACUCUUGGCUAAUACAUAAAGCUGGUUGGUACAGUUAAAUAUUGUAUAUGGUGUUCUUGUGAAAAGAGGAACCAACAUUUUGCAGCACAUUGACACGUCAGCUGAAACUCGCGGAAAUGUUUUACUGUUACACCACAACAGCGCUAGCCGGGCUCGUGUCCGGAAAAGUUGUACCUCAGCUGGUAUCGCUGGGGGAAACUUUUACCUGCCUUCUGCCUAAGCCAAAUGAUUUGGUAUUGUUUUCAUUCAUCCCCUGUUUCCUGCAACUAGCUGCUUGCAAAUUCAGUUAAUUCUUUAUCUCAUUUAAUCAUUAUCUUUUUUUCUAUGUUAGACGUUACCUAGCCUGCUGAUGCCGGUGUUCUGGCAGUGUGUAAUGUUGCUACCUUCCGGGUUUUGGUAUGUUCUGUUCAGUUUCGUUUUGAGAUUUUUCGACGACUAGACUGUAGCGUCGCAGCGUAACAUUAAAGCCUCCCUUGUCCUUGCAUUAACAUGUUACUAAUGUAAUACCUAUAAGCCGCUGUUGAGGUAUGUAUUUGGAUCUGUCCACGAUCGCUGUAAUUUCACUGCAGCGUGCAUCACGACAGGUGGUGUUGGAAGCUAUUCGUACUAUAUGCAGGCUACUGGUUACCUGUCUUGGAAUAUAGCGUUAGCUGCUUAGCUUUGUCUUACUGUAUAUCCGGCUUGAGUCAAAUAAUUCGAAAUAUUUUACCCUUUAGACACCAGUACAGUUUCAGCUUUUUAAAAAUAAAAAUCAAUUUUCUCCCAAUAUGCUGCAGAAAAUUGCUAUUUCAUACUAUUGUAUGUUUUUGUCAGUCACGUGCUGUUGACUGUGCCGAGAUCUCCAGGAGUUAUGUUUUCUACUUAAUUUUACUGUUAUCCAUGGAGUUCAAUUAUUUCAAAUACAUAAUGACUGUCUGUCAUAUGUACACAGACGUUAUAAAGCAUUUUUCCAAGCCUGGCAGAGCAGUAGUCAUGCUGUCAGACUAUGUUGACUGGAUUUGUAUUAACACUGUUCCUAAUUAUUUGUUGCAAAGAACGGAAGAGGUGGAUGGACGUCGAGAGAAUUGUCAUGGAGCAUUCUGAAUUGGCCAAACACACGAAUGGGAGGCAAAGGAAGCCAUUUGUUACCUGUGAUAUGAAAGAGGAGGGCAGCUACCACAUAGAUUUGGAAAUUGAGGAGGAGGCCUUACUGCAGGGCUCUGACAAAGAGGACGGGCGGCCCAAGUUGCCCCAUGGCAUCAGGGCAGAGCUCAGCAAUGUGUCCUUGCUGCUCUUCCUCUAUGUGUUACAGGGAAUACCGUUGGGACUGGCGGGGAGCAUACCCCUGAUCAUGCAGAGCAAGAGUGUCAGUUACAAAGACCAGGCUUACUUCAGCUUUGUCUUCUGGCCGUUCAGCCUGAAGCUGCUUUGGGCGCCCCUAGUGGACGCGCUGUACCUGCGGCAGUUCGGACGCAGGAAGUCCUGGCUGGUCCCGACACAGUACCUCCUGGGCCUCUUCAUGCUCUACCUGUCCGUCACGGUGGACUCGCUUCUGGAGGGGGACGGGCACCGGGGGCCUGACAUCCUCACCAUCACUGCCGUCUUCUUCAUGCUGACGUUCCUGGCGGCCACUCAGGACAUCGCGGUGGACGGAUGGGCCCUGACCAUGCUGUCGCGGGAUAAUGUGGGCUACGCCUCAACCUGCAACUCGGUGGGCCAGACGGCCGGCUACUUCCUGGGAAACGUGCUGUUCCUGGCGCUUGAGUCACCUGACUUCUGCAACAAGUACCUGAGAUUUGAGCCAAAAGCCACUGGUGUUGUUACCCUCUCAGAUUUCAUGUUUUUCUGGGGGAUCGUGUUCCUUGUGUCGACCACGUUGGUGGCCAUCUUGAAGAGGGAGAACUGCAAACAGUCCAAGAAGAAGAGCAGGGAAGAGACACAGGGGGUGGUGGAUACUUACAGGCAACUCUUCUCCAUCAUGAAAAUGCCCUCAGUCUUCACCUUCUGUGGACUGUUGCUCACAGCCAAGAUAGGCUUCUCUGCAGCCGAUUCUGUCACAGGGCUGAAGCUGGUGGAAGCGGGGGUGCCCAAAGAGCAGCUGGCACUGCUGGCAGUGCCUAUGGUGCCCCUUCAGAUCGUGCUGCCCCUCAUCAUUAGCAAGUACACUGCUGGCCCCAGGCCCCUCGACGUUUUCUACAAGGCCUUCCCCUUCAGGUUACUGAUUGGCCUGUCUUACACCCUACUUGUGUGGUGGACCCCCAGUGUAAGACAGGAUGGGGGAUUUCCUGUCUACUACUAUGCUGUGGUUUUGCUUAGCUAUGCUGUGCACCAGGUGACGCUGUACAGCAUGUAUGUGGCCCUAAUGGCCUUCAAUGCCAGAGUAAGUGACCCUGUAAUCGGGGGGACCUACAUGACCCUCCUGAACACGGUGACCAACCUGGGAGGGGUCUGGCCCUCCACACUGGCCCUGUGGCUGGUAGACCCUCUAACAAGCAAGGAGUGCCAGGGGGCAGUUGGGCAGAGCUGUGUCUCCCCUGAAGAGGCAGGACUGUGUUUUCGGGAAGGCGGUAUUUGUGUCACUCUGCUGGAUGGGUACUAUGUGGAAUCGGUGGUGUGUGUUGUGAUCGGUUUCGCCUGGUGGUUCUGGCUGGGGAAGAGAAUGAAGCAUCUGCAGGAGGAGAACCCCUCUGCCUGGCAGUGCCAAACAGUCAGAUGAUCCCUACUCACCCCCCCCCCCCCCCGCACACACACCUGUAUUUCUCUCUGCUCUCGCCUCUUUAAAGCUGUUGAUGUUUUGCUACUCAUUGUGUUUUUGUCCAUCUUGCUUUAGCUUUGUUUCUGUCUGUCUCAGUUUCUUGCUUACACUCUCCCUCUCCCUCUCAUUCUCUCACACACAUUAUCUCUUUCCCUCCUUUUCACACACUUCAUUCAGGCUUUAAUUGUGGGGCCUCCACAGGAGAAAGGGUUACACUAGCUUUGAGUGCCUCUUCUUUACCUCUUCAUCUCCUACUGCAUCACCAAAUGUGAUUCAGUAUAUUUUACAGAAUGUAAAACAAGUUAAAGUAAGGUUGAAACAAAUAUUUUAACUAACACAGGAAGCCAACAACUGUGAACGUGCUUUUUUCCAUGAAAACAAAAUUGGAAAUGGCGGAAACACUGGCAAGAUAGAGAUUUGAUCUUGCGUUAUAUUUCUUAUUUAUUUUAUUUAUUUCUUAUUUUGCUUUUUAAAAUUGUUUACUGGGCCUUUUCCCCCUGUCAGUCAUUUUCUGUGCCUUUCAUUCCAAGAAUAUGCACCGUUUUACUGAAUGGGAUUAUCCAUAGUUUAGUUCAGGAAUAUUCUGUUUUUAAGAUAUUUUUAUGACUGUGACAUUGUCGUUUGAAUAUAAUAGCCCUGAAGGGAUGUGGUACACAAUGCAUUUAGCAUUUGAAUAUUUUUUAUUUUUUUUGUUCAAAUGAAGCUACUUUUGGUGGUUAUAGCAGGAUUUUUAUUUUUAAAUAAUUUACCAAAUAUUCUGUUCAGAUGUAUUUUUUGUUCUAUAAUUGUUUUUAAUUUUUAUUGAUUAUUAUUGCUAUUGUUCAAAAUCAUUAUUGGAUCAGUGGACCAGAGAAGCAAUGAAAUUGGUGUUUUGUGACGGUACUUGUACUAGGGGAAUCCUUUUACAGAGGGACCUCCUCACAAUGUGCCGUGUGUGCCCUCUGUGUCAUGGCAAUGUUCAGGUGGUGUAACCGUUCUAUGGUCUCAGGUUAAUAUUUAGUCAAUCUGGUUUUAUGUGGUCGAUUUGAAGUUGAAUUUCCCUGUCAUGGAAUAUUCAAUGAGGUUUAUGUUUAAUAUGUUGAAGACUGUUGAUUUUAUGUAAUCAUAAUGUCUGAGUUGCAGGAUGACUGCAAAUGUGAUUUGUACAAAAGACUAUACUGUACACAGUUCUGAGGAACAUUUAUAUUCCCAAAAUGUAAAGAUUACGGAGAUUUAAUACAUAUCUUAUAGGAAAUAAAAAAUUGAAUAACCAUUCAAAA